AUGGUGAAUCUUGAGCUACGCCGACAGGUUGUCAAUGUUUAUAAAGAGCUAUUGUUCUUAGGCCGAGAAUAUCCGCUGGGAUAUCAGUAUUUCCGAGAUCGACUGCACCGUGCCUUCUCCAGUCAGACACAGAUAACCGAUGAGGAUCAGAUCCGCAAGGGGAUAGCAAGAGCCGAGUUUGUGAAGAAAGGUCAGUCCAACCCCACCCAAAUCAUCAGCUUUGAUGCUGCUAUGGAUUAUUACUAA